AUGACGUCCUUCGGAGUUGACCGGGAAAUAAUAAUGCCGGGAUUUUCGCCUACAUUUACGGUGCAAGGGCAAAUUUAUCAUAGAAUAGGUUCACUUUUUCUAGCUGAAAACGAACAGCAUAAAUUUUUACAAGUAUAUUUUAUGGGUGACGAAGAAAUUAAGGUUGACCGUCGCUGCCAAUUUAUCCAGGGAGUUGAGAGAGACACAGUGUUCAAAAUUCAAAGAUUCUUGCAUGAACGUAACAUUUUAGUCAAAACAUUCAAAACUGCUUUAGAAAACCUACCUGAAGAGGAUUACAAAGUCGUCAUUCACGCAGAUCGGACCCCUCGAGGAGAGCAUGAAAGGCGCUACAAUGCACCUUUGAUAAACGAAAUAGCAGCCGUAAUUAGUGGUGAUCAAUUUUCUUCACGAGACAUUGUCUUGCGAACACGUGAUGAUACGUUGCAACGGGUAGCCGAUACGCACAAGUUUUAUGACGCUCUGCAAUACCCAUUGAUUUAUUGCAAAGGACAAGAGGGUUAUCAUUUUCAAAUUCCACUCAUUAACCCGGUCACAAAGGAGCCUACUCCGAACAAAAAGUAUCAUGUAUGGAUUUUUAUGCGUACCUAUCAUAUGAUGUUGCGAGAAAAUGAUUUUAACCACUUAGCCCGGUGUAGACAAUUAUUUCAUCAAUUUUUGGUAGACAUGUAUGAGAAGGUAGAAAGUGAACGUCUCCGUUAUAUAUCUUUAAAUCAAAAAAAGCUACGCGUUGAGAAUUAUACACAUUUACAAGAUGCAGUUUCUAGCGACGCCAAUGUAAACCCCAGAGAUUUAGGUAAAAUGGUAAUUCUGCCCUCAUCAUUCGUUAACAGUCCCCACUACCUACAUGAGUACACACAAGACGCAUUCACCUAUGGACGAACUUACGGAAGACCUGAUCUUUUUGUUACUUUUACUUGCAAUCCCACAUGGAAAGAAAUAACCGAGGAGCUAAUGCCGGGCCAAAAAAGUACUGACAGACACGAUUUAGUUGCUAGAGUAUUUAGAUUAAAAGUACAAAAAUUAAUGUAUGUAAUUAACAAAGGGGAAAUUUUCGGUGAGCUGCAGUGCUUCAUGUAUUCAAUUGAAUGGCAAAAAAGAGGAUUACCGCAUGCCCACACAUUCUAA